UCAAUGGGAGGGGCACAGAAAUCCUCGGGGUGUAUAAGAAGUGCUGUAUGCACUAGCAGGGAUUUUACACAGCAACUCAGGACGAACGAAAUGAGCUGCCCCAGAGCCGCUACAAAAUGCUGGAUGGACAUCUACUCCUGGGAUGGUUAUCAUUCACUUUUAUAGUGCAUCUCAUCGGCUUGCCUGGACCGAGCACAGCCUACUUCGGGCUGACAGGUAAGGAACCCCUGUCCAUUCUGCCCCUAAGCACACAGCCAGACGAAAGGGCGGCCAAGGCGCACUACAAGCUCUGUGACCGACUCAAGCUUGAGAAGAAGCAGCGUAGAAUGUGCAGACGGGACCCCGGUGUGGCCGAGACUCUUAUAGAGGCCAUCAGCAUGAGCGCGUUAGAGUGCCAGUACCAGUUUCGCUUCGAGAGGUGGAACUGUACUUUAGAGGGCCGUUACAGAGGUGACAUUUUAAAGAGAGGGUUCAAGGAGACAGCGUUCCUCUACGCCAUCUCUUCAGCAGGCCUUACCCACGCCAUGGCGAAAGCCUGCAGCGCCGGCCGCAUGGAGCGCUGCACCUGUGACGAAGCUCCAGAUCUGGAGAACCGCAAAGCCUGGCAGUGGGGCGGCUGUGGAGACAACCUUAAGUACAGCAACAAAUUUGUCAAAGACUUCCUGGGUAAGAGGUCCAACAAGGACCUCCGUGCCCGGAUAGACAUGCACAACAGCAAUGUAGGAAUGAAGGUGAUCAAGGCGGGGGUAGAGACCACCUGCAAAUGUCACGGAGUCUCGGGCUCAUGCACCGUGCAGACCUGCUGGAGGCAGCUGGCGCCCUUCCACGAGAUCGGCAAGCAGCUCAAGCAACGCUACGAGACUUCCAUCAAAGUGGUCAGCUCCACCAACGAAGCGACCGGGGAGGGGGAAAUCUCCCAGAGCCGACCCCAGGGGCCACACCCCUCUCCGGACCCCAUUCCCCGCACCACUGAUCUCCUUCACAUCGAGGACUCGCCGAGCUUUUGCAGGCCCAGCAAGUAUUCGGCUGGAACGGCGGCACGCAAGUGCUACAAGGAUAAGAACUGCGAGGCCAUCUGCUGCGGCAGGGGCCACAACACUCAGAGCAGAGUGGUGACGAGACCGUGCCAGUGCCAAGUACGCUGGUGCUGCUACGUCGAAUGCAAACAGUGCACUCAAAGAGAAGAGGUUUACACCUGUAAAGGGUAAAAACCAUGACAACCAUGCAGAAUAACUCUGACCAGUCUAGAGAGAUGAAUGAGAGUCGGUGAAGUGGAAACGGGAGGAGAAGUGACAUGCUGGAUUCGGUUGUCCUUGGAGAAAGGUCUCGAAUGCAUCAAGCUAGUUUAGGAUGAAAGCACUUUUCGAGAGGUGUUGCAGGGCGUUUCUUCAAUGUUUUCCAAGUGGAACAGUGUGAAGGCUGUAUAAUAUACUGUACUGUAUGUAGCCUAAGGGAAGUCCACAGCUAUGAGAGACACUUUGGAACUAGACAAAACACUUUACUGUGUAACUCUAAGCCUGCCAAGAUAUCAAUCAGCGAUUCAAUUCAGUCCUGGGCAGACAAUUGUUUGUCCAACAGUCUCUGAAUAAUAGCUUGAAAACGUUUCAAGCUGUAUGUGUGAGAAUAUGCGUUAGUAUAGGAGUUAUUUCCAAAUGGAGACUCAAUUUGCAUUGACGAAAUGAUGGUGUCAGAUUUAUUCUACAUGCACAUAUAUCCAACACCCACACGACGUGUGUGUAUACAUAUGUACAUAGAUAAAAUUACAUUAUAUUUCUAUUAUAUAUACACACCACUUAUCUGAGUAUGUUAAAUAACCACUAACCACACAAAUGUUUUAUUGUUUGUGUGCUCGCGUUGACUUUGCGUUGUAAUUCUCUUCGACAAGGCCCUUCGGAAAGCAAUACUUUUGAUUUGUGUCUUUCUGUGGAUGUAAUUUAUGAACAUUUUGAGGACUAUUCCUUUGCAAAGGAGCAAAAAUUAUUUGCUUUUCUUCUCGUUUUCUUUUCUUUUUCUUUGCCAGUCCUUAUAAGAUUUAUUUCCGCCUUAAAUGAACUCUACAGAUGGCUGUUCAGGGAAUAAGUGAAACCACUAUGCGCAAUCGGAUGGUAAAGAAAUCUAUGAGAUAUCACAAGCAGGAGUUUUUCUCUCCUCGAUUUGGGCUUACACCUGACAACAAAUCUGUCCAUCCUCAUUACAAGCUGCUGAUUCAUUGCUUUAAUUGUUGCAGCAGUGCUAUUCAUGCGAUGCUGGUUCAGUAUUUUACAGUAUGGUUCAUAGCCACUGUACACUCACCUAAAGGAUUAUUAGGAACACCUGUUCAAUAUCUCAUUAAUGCAAUGGUGUAAUGGUGUGGGGGAUGUUUUCUUGGCACACUUUAGGCCCCUUAGUGCCAAUUGGGCACUGUUUAAAUGCCACGGCCUACCUGAGCAUUGUUUCUGACCAUGUCCAUCCCUUUAUGACCACCAUGUACCCAUCCUCUGAUGGCUACUUCCAGCAGGAUAAUGCACCAUGUCACAAAGCUUGAAUCAUUUCAAAUUGGUUUCUUGAACAUGACAACAUGAGUUCACUGUACUAAAAUGAUAGAGCAUCUUUGGGAUGUGGUGGAAUGGGAGCUUUGUGCCCUGAAUGUGCAUCCCACAAAUCUCCAUCAACUGCAAAAUGCUAUCCCAUCAAUAUGGGCCACCAUUUCUAAAAAAUGCUUUCAGCACCUUGUUGAAUCAAUGCCAUGUAGAAUUAAGGCAGUUCUGAAGGCGAAAGGGGGUCAAACACAGUAUUAGUAUGGUGUUCCUAAUAAUCCUUUAGGUGAGUGUAUGUGCAACGAAGAGAUGAGAAUAAUCACAGUAGCAUAUGUGAGCCACAUGUGAGUCUGCAUUGGACAGAGCUGAUAUACCUUUGAUCUUUUGGGGAAGAAAAUGAAUCUCCAGCUGAUAUUGAUGCUGGUGGAUUUGAUGUUGGGAAUUGGCAGUGUGGUUCUCUACUCUCACAUUGUUAAUCAGAAAAAAAAGGUUUUUGAUGAUGAACCCAACUGACGUAGACAUACAUCUAGGCCUGUCAGUUAGUGGUUCUGUUUCAAAUCCUGUUCACGAUUAUGGAGAGAUGAUACAGUUAUAGUCUUCGGUCAAGAUCGGCUUAUACAUUUAUGUCCAUACUGAUUUUCCAUAUAUCCAUUUUGUAAAAUAGCAACACUGAAAUUCGCCAACUCUGAAAAUGAUUUAAAAUGACAGCUAGCUGCUGUUUGACCAAACGACAGGAUCUACAUUUCGGAUCGGACUUUUAGUCACUUAAAGCAGACUCUGCCAACUUAGUGGUGAAAUUUUGACAAAUAUAUGACUUUUGUAUUCAGAUCGCCUGACUCUUUUGAUAGUUACAUAGUGUAAAUACAAAUAUAAAUAUAUAUGAACAUAUGACAAAAGUAUAAGGAUGAAUUAUAUAUGCUUUUAGUCGAGUGUGAAUGAACUACUGAGUGAGGGACCUACAAAGAGCAAAACGGCACCAUUCACGCACUGAAGCUUGGACGCUCUCCUAUUAAGUAUUUAAGGACUGUAUUUAUGAAUAUAUAUAUAUAUAAAUAUCAUUUUCAUUUGUAAAUAGCUAAGGUUAUAUUCCUGUGGCAAACAGACAGAGCAUGCAUACGGGCGAUUCGGACAGACAUUUCCAGAAUGUUUCAAUGUAAGCCUAACUAUCCGUGUAGAGGUACGCUGUUAAGUAAGUUUAGUCAAAAUCGAUCAGCUUUGACAUGAGUUUGUAAAUACAGGAUCAGAUGUAACAAAAUUAUCCCCAGUAGGUACAAGUACAUUGCCAAAACAUCUGUGAAAGCGUGCAUCCUCUUCAAGGAUCGUAUGAAAUUUUAAGUGUACGCAAUCUGAUAAACAUUAUAGAUAGAGCAAAUUCACAUGCAUGUGCAAACGUUGCAAAAACAUCUGGUGAACAACGUUGUAUGAUCCAACAGAGAACACAUGGCGUACACUGCAAAAAAUUAUUUUCAAG